GAGAGGGAGAGAAGGAGCUGUUGGGAUCAAGGUGACGUCAGUGGAUUGAGGUGUCCUGCUCAUUUUAAUCCUGAGCUGAUUAGUAGAACAAAAAAAGUCCAGUGUGAGUGUGCACUGUGUGGAAGUGAGAGAGGGUGUCGAAGGGCCGGAGCAACGGAGAAAGAACAGUAAAGAGGAAGAGAGAAGAACAGAAAAAAUAAACAGGUAGAAAGGGGAAGCAGAUACGGAAGAGGAAGAGAAAAGGAAGGCCAUUAAAAGGGAUCUGAGGAGAAAGAUAAGAAGAUAUCAAGAGGGGCAUACUCCUUUGCUAUUUGAACAAAAACUGGUAAAAAAAAAUAAUCUGGGAGGAGGACGAACGUUUCUGCUCUUUACUGCUUGGUAUUUGUUCUACCUCCUCUUCCCCCAAUCUUCCCCCAAUUCCUUUUCCCCUCUUUGAACCCAUCACCCCUACCCCCAGACUCGAGACUCAAGAGAGGUGAAAAUGCCGACCAACGGGAUUCACCAGGCCUUGAAGAUCCAGUUCGGCCUGAUCAACCACGAGAACCGCUACCUGACAGCGGAGGCAUUCGGCUUCAAGGUGAACGCCUCAGCUCCCAGCAUGAAGAAGAAGCAGAUCUGGAUGCUGGAGCAGGACGAGAAGGACAGCGGCGUGGCGUACCUGCGCAGUCACCUGGGCCGCUACCUCUCCGCAGACAAGGACGGCAAGGUGAUCUGCGGGGCCGAGCACCCUGACGGCAACUGCCGCUUUCUGAUCGUGGCACAGUCCGACGGCCGCUGGGCUCUGCAGUCCGAGCCCCACGCCCGCUACUUCGGGGGAUCCGCGGACCGCCUCUCCUGCUUCUCCCAGGCCAUAGCUGAGCCGGAGCUCUGGGCCGUCCACCUGGCACUGCACCCCCAGGCCAACCUGCUGAGCCUCAGCCGCAAGCGCUACGCCCACCUCUCCACCCAGGAGAACGAGAUCUCAGCCGACAGCAACAUCCCCUGGGGAGUACACUCCCUCCUCACCCUCAUCUACCUGGACGGGAAGUACUGCCUCAAGACCUGCGACAGUCGCUUCCUCCGCAACGACGGUAAGCUGGUGAUGGAGCCCGUCCGCAACACCGGCUACACCCUGGAGUUCAAGUCCGGCAAGCUGGCAUUCAAGGACUGCGAGGGCAAGUACCUGACCCCCAUGGGACCCACUGGCACCCUGCGGUCCGGACGCAGCUCCAAGCCCGGCAAGGACGAGCUGUUUGACCUGGAGGAGAGCCACCCACAGGUCGUCUUCCAAGCCGCCAGUGGGAGAUUCGUCUCCAACAGACAAGGUGUCAGUAUCUCAGCCAAUCAGGAUGAAGAGACAGACCAGGAGACGUUCCAGAUGGAGAUUGACCGGGACAGCAAAAAGUGCAUGUUCCGAACCAACGCCGGCAACUACUGGACGCUGGUCUCACAUGGGGGCAUCGAGUCCACUGGCACCGAAGUAGCUGCCAGCACCAUGUUUGACAUUGAGUGGCGUGGGCGCAGGGUGGCACUCCGAGCAGGCAACGGCAAGUACGUCUGCACCAAGAAGAACGGGCAGCUGUCUGCGGGCAGCGACUCUGCAGGCGAGGACGAGGAGUUCCUGUUGAAGCUGAUUAACCGUCCCAUUCUGAUCCUGCGCGGGGAGAAUGGCUUCGUCUGCCACCACAAGAACUCCAACACUCUGGACGGCAACCGCUCUGUCUAUGACAUCUUCCAGCUCAUCUUCGCCGACGGAGCCUACCACAUCAAAGGCUCCGCAGGGAAGUUCUGGUAUGUCUCCAGCAGCGGGCUGGUCUGCUCUGAUGGGGAGAUGCCCGAGGACUUCUUCUUUGAGUUCCUGGAGCACGGGCGCGUGGGCAUCAAGGGCAAGAACGGCAAGUAUCUCCGCGGCGACCAAGGGGGCACGCUGAAGGCCGACGGAGACAAGGUGGACAGCUCCACGCUCUGGGAGUACUGACCCUGCCAGACACUCCGGGGAGCAUGCGAUCAAACCAACACAAACAAACAAGCACCUGAAAGGAGCCCGGUGUGUUCAAACUUGUAUAUUUAGGAAACUGGACUCAAGGAGAGUUAUUUAUUUCUAUGUGUAUUUUUGCAAUUGCUUCCAAGUAGGGGUGGAUUAAGACAAGUCUCCCUGUUUCUGUGAUCACAUUCACAUACAGUAAAUGUGAUAAGUAUUUGCCAUUUUUUUAAACAGCUGUGUGUUAUGGGCCGGGUAUAGCUGGAAGUUGGAUUGAAUAGCGUCAGGGGGAUGACAAGGUUCACUGUUGUAUGUUUGGAUUACCUCUUUUAGUCAGUGUUGUUGUCAUUUUUUAUUCAGAAAAGAAGCCUUAAAGAAAACUAGGAUAACGAGCAAUGAAGUGCAGUGAACUUCAAGCAUCUAUACGCUGUACAGAUAUACAUACUGUAUGUGCAGUGCAACCUACUGGUUACAUUACAACCCAGUAUUAUCUGUCACAAAAUCAGGCCUGUUCAUCACCAAAAAGACUGCAAUUUUUAUACAUCCAUUAAUACUACUGUCAUUUAUAGGAUAUGCACUGUAGUAACAAUUACACAUUAGCAGACUGCAGACAUCAUUCACAUAGCUUUAACUUGUGAGUUAUUUAAAUAACAAUGCUUUGACUGAACACUUUUUAAUAUUGAUGGCAUUUUUCUAGACUAGGUAUUGAAUGUGGUUAUAUAUUGCAAAUAGGCUAUUUAUGAGAGACAGAAAGGAUUUGAUAUAGCCAUGGUUAUGUGCAGUGCAAAGUUAUUGAGGAAGUUACAUUCUCUGUUGUAGCCUAGCCAACCCUUGCAUGAGAGUCUGGUGCCAGUUGCAUCUCGUUCUGAUAACAGACAAUGUAUUAAUACAGGAGAAAUUCUAUCAGAAAUGGGAACACAGUCAAUAACUGUCACUGCAGUCUAUCUGCUGGUGUCUCUCCCCACAUCUGGAAAACGUAUUAUGUGAUACAGCUGGUGUAUUGAAACAUAUUUCCCAUAAACUAGUAUGUGUCACAGAAACGCAGAGGGCACUGAAGCCCACGCCUGUUAUUGCAUUAACGUCUUAAUGCAAUAAUGAAUAGUCGUAUUGCUGUCAUGGCUAAUAAUAAUAAUAAUAAUCAUUUGUCAUUUUGUUUCCCUGUAAGUACAGCAACAGCAGUAAUAAAGAAUAUGGCCAGCGUUCACACUUUAGGAGGGGGGUAACAGGCAGCUUUCCCACAAGGCAUCUUUUGAUGGACGGCAGCCUUUAACAACAUUAGAAUGUUUUUUUUUUUUUUUUUUUUUUUAUUGGCAGCAGCAGUGACUGGCUUGCAAUGGCAAGUGUGAGUCUGAUCUGUUUAAUCAGUGUUUGUGUUUGUGGCAUAAAAGGUCUACAGUUUACAGUCUACAGCAGAGUCAGGAAGGUUAGCAAACAUUCUGUUAGUUCCCGGUCCAUUCUAGAACCUUUUGUGGAUCUUUUAGAACCCUCCCACCCGGAACUUCUAGUCCUUGAUGUCAAAUCUUUUUUUUUUUUUUUUUUUUUUUUUUUGUAUUUAGUUGGGAUAGAACCCUUGAUAGAUACAUCUCAACACAUUUAGCUGACUGUAUUCCCUGAUGUGAUCUUCAUAAUAUGUAGUGGUGUCAGUCCUCUAUAUAGGAAUUAUCAACAGGGGUUUCUGGAUAAGGUUGUUUUGUUUUUUUUAUUUUUAGUUUGAUUUUAUAAUAAUAGUUUGUUUUAUAGACAUAAUUUGAUCUGUAAAACAUUUUAUUUUUCGUUCUGAAACUGUUCAUCCUGUCUCACCCUGUCCCUUAGAAUCAGGUGUACCCCCUCCUAUAGGACAGCAGUGGUCAAAAAUGACAGAAUGGUCUUAACAGUGGAGAACAGGCUUAUCCAGUGUUAAGGGUUACUGUGCUUAACCCAGUGCAGCACGCAUGUUGCUUAUCUUGGCUUGAUCUAUUACGAGAUCAACCAGUUGGUCAAUGCACCCAUGUGGCGGCUCAUAAGCACCCCACUUGUUCCACGUGUCCCACUCAACUUCACCUCGAACCCUUUCAGUGUUUUGCCAAUCCUCACUCAGCUGAUUAAUCAGCUGCCCGGAGAGCAGCAGAGUAAAGUAUAAAGUUACAAACAGUGUUGCAAAAGAGCCAGAUUCCUAAUGGGCUCAAAACAAUUGCAGAAAGUAGCUUCUUAAUGGAUCUAGUCAUUAUCAAAAAGACUAUCAAGUAGCACUUAUCAGUCUGCAGUGUAAUGUGAUGAGGAUCGGAUCCUGGUAGCAGAUAUACAAAUACUGUGUGGUUUCAUUGUUAGGGUGGGAACUUCUCAUACCACUGAAGAGUUAGAGUCUUACGGAUGGUUUUUUGGUUUUUGGUUUUUUUUCCUGAAAUGAUUUUAAGAUUAUGAUAAUAAAAACAGCUUUCUCCUUUGA